AUGAAGGAAAUGAACACGUCUAGUCUAUUCAACGACCAUUACCAGGAGAUCAUCAACUGGGAAAUGUUAAGUCUGGUUAACAAUACAGUUCUCUGCACAUUAAUUGGACUCAUGGGGCUAGUGGCCAAUGUGAUCAACAUGCUGGUCUUUGUGCGUCAGGGAUUGAACACCUCAAUGAAUAUCAGCUUCUUCUCUAUGGCUAUCUCAGACAUUGUACGUAUACUUUCAGUGGAGUGGGCCAAUAUCUGUUUUAACCCUUAUAUUGAAAAACUUCAGGUUUCUAUAAUGUUUGACUACCUCUUCUAUGUCACUGGCGGCUGGGCGGUUAUCUGUGCCUGUCGUAUCACUCUCCACAUCUCAUUGUAUAUAACUGUAGAGCGAUGUCUUUGCAUUGUUUUUCCAUUGACGAUAAGAAAAGUUAUCACCAUCACGAGAACCAAGAUAGUUAUUGUCCUUAUUUAUUUCGCAAACGUUCUUACAUUGAUACCCGAGUAUAUGACUGUGUAUCUUGCUUGGGUAUAUGACGCCAAGACCAAUGCCACAGUACUUAGCGUUGGGGUUAGAGAUUACGGAGUGCGGACCAAAGGAAUCACUUUUAUGCUGCAUGUCGUUUUAAUCGUGAUUGGCUUGUUCUGUAUCAUCGUCAUGACAACCGUGCUUGUGUUGCAGCUUCGACGUCAGAGAAAAUGGCGGAUGAAAAACUCCAGCAACAGCUUUUCUAAGACGUCUCUGACCUCACGUGAUAGAAAGGCUGCAGCACUGGUCAUUGCUGUGGCCACAGCGGUGGCCGUCUGCUACAUCCCUAUUGUUUCGCUUUCACUGGUCACAGUCUUCGUGCCAGAUUUUUACAUUGGAGGAAAAUAUUUUUUAUAUUUUAAAGAAUCUUGGGCUUUGGCUUUCCUAUCUGGCAUCAUUAAUUCAAGUUCAAAUAUAAUUAUAUAUUACCAUAUGAGCUCCAAAUUUAAAGAAACCUUUUUAAAACUUUUUGGUCGUAAAGUCGUCAAUAUGAAGUAG